CAUAUAUAUAGGUGCAACACUUUUCGUCAACCUUCGUGCCCUUAAACUGUCUCUAUCUUAGCCCCCAUCAAAAUGCUCUACCCAAAACCUCUUUUACUCGCUCUCUUCAGCGCCACCUCCGCUCUCUGCGCCACACUAAAUCCCGACUUUUCUGGCACGGGCAACAUCUUCGUCGUCAAAGGCAGCGAACUAACAACCUCUCCUGCUGCAAAAGUUGGAUGUCUGACCGCAUCCGGCCGUUUUGUGUCAGACUACAGCAAAUGCGGGAUUUUCGCACAUGAUCCCGCCAACUACACUUCCAUGGAAUCGCCCGUAGGUCACUGCAGUUUCGGGGACCCAUCUGCGGAGUCCGGGAGACCGCAAGCGCCGCCACUUUACGCAUUCAAAUGUGGGAAUCCUAGCGCAUCGACGUUAUUUUACUCUCCGAAUUUUGGCGAAGGCGCUGGGAGCCCUCCUUGGAUUUGGGUGGGUAAUCUGAAUUGGCAUUUCGAAGCGACCAAGAUUCCGACUGCGGGUGAAGAUACUUCGCUAUUCAUUUCUAAUUUUAUUAACCUUCCAGCCGAUCGUUUUGCGUUGAUGCUUCUGUGGGCCAAGCUCAGUUAG